UCGAAAAUGAUGCACUGUGCACGCAGUGUUGUGUUUGGGACAUGUUAAAUUAUAUAAAGUAAAUAAAAUAAUUUAAGACCUGAUAUUAAUAAUUCUAAAUUUAUAAAUAAACAACUGCUAUGUCACGACGAACACCGAUAAAAUCAAGAGUUAAAGUGUGUAAUAAAUCUGUUUUUCACCUUCAAGAUAAAAAAGCAGAUGAUAGUGAGCUAUCAAUUGGCUUAAUUAAAUCAGCAAAACGUACAGGACAGCUGAGUUUAUGCAACAGGGGAUUAGGGAGUGUUCCUGAAAAUGUGUGGAAAAUCGACGAACUUGUUAUGGAUGACACCAAAGAGGUAGACUUUGCAAGAUCAGACCAAAAUAAUUGGUGGAACUGUGAGCCCUUGAAAAUGCUUGAUCUCAGCUCCAACGUUAUUAAAACAAUAUCGCCAAAUGUCAAGUUACUACAAGAUCUUGUUACCCUCAAGUUACAUGAUAAUGCCUUAACAUGCCUACCAUCUGAGAUUGGAGAGUUAAAGAGCUUGUCAAAUCUUAGCUUGGAUCAUAAUAAACUGAAGGAGUUGCCUAUGGAAUUUUAUAAACUAACAGAAUUGAGGUGGUUGAGCAUAUCACAUAAUGAACUUAUUAAAAUUGUACCUGAUUUUGGUGAUUUAGUCAUGUUAACAUUUCUGGAUUUAUCAAAUAAUAAACUGUCCUCAUUGCCACCUGGUAUGGGUUAUCUGGUGCGAUUGGUCGAAAUCAAUUUAUCCCAUAAUGAACUAGUGGAACUUCCUCCAGAUAUUGUUAAUUUGAGGGAUUUAAAGAAAUUUAAUAUAAGCAAUAAUAAUAUAAAGAAGUUACCGCCGAUGGGGGAGUUGAGGAAAAUGGAGAUAUUAGACGCCAAUCACAAUAAUAUUGAAGAGUUACCAGAUUUUUAUGGGUGUAACGCUCUGAAGGAAAUAUACUUAGCUAAUAAUUUUAUAAAGGCAAUUACUGAAGAGUUUUGCGAUCAGAUGCAACAUUUGAAUAUAUUAAAUAUAAGGGACAACAAAUUGGAAAUCUUACCCGAGAACAUAUCAUUGUUACAGAAACUGAAAAGACUCGAUCUGACUAAUAAUAAUUUAAAUCAGUUACCUCGGAACUUAGGGCUUCUGUCUCAACUGCAGAGCAUAAACAUGGAGGGAAAUAAGCUGUCGUUUGUGCGACAAGACGUAAUUCGCGGCGGCACCGACAGAAUGAUGAAAUACCUGCGGGACAGGAUUGGAGAGGAAGUCGUCGCCGAGACCAGAUAUGAAGCGGAAUGGCCUGACAAGUAUACAAUGAAGAAGAGUCAGUCGCUCAUGGUCCCCGGCCGCGAGCUGACGUGCGUCCCCGAUGACGUGUUCCGCGCCGCCGCUGACGCUGAGGUGCAUAUCGUUGACAUAUCCAAGAACAAGCUUGUUGCUAUACCCACCGGCAUCACUUUGCUCAACGACUGUCUAUCACAGCUGGUUCUAUCAUCGAACAGUAUAGAGAGCGUACCUCCAGAAAUCGGUGCUUUAUACCAUUUGCAGUAUUUGGACUUGGGCAAAAAUUGCCUUGCUGAUCUACCAAAUGAACUUGGUGACCUAAAGAACUUGAGAGAACUUGUAAUUGCAAAUAAUAAAUUCGCAAAAAUCCCACGCUGUGUUUAUGAGUUGGAUCAUCUUGAGAUUCUAUUGGCUGCUGAGAACCAAAUAACUGAGAUCAAUAUAUCCUCGGACGCGCUCGCUAAGCUGAAGCGGUUGGCGGUUCUCGACCUCACCAAUAACAGUAUUAUGAGUGUGCCGCCUGAGUUGGGGACCUUUACACAUUUGAGGUCAUUAGAGCUGAUGGGUAAUUGCUUCAGACAACCUCGACACGCCAUUCUGGCUAAGGGCACGGCGUCCAUCUUGUCGUACCUCAGAGAUCGUAUACCGGUCUAGUUCGAACGUUCUCAAUUCAAAAUCUAAUAAACGUUCCAAAAAAAAGCACUAUUAAAAUUCGGAACUCCGCUUUUCUCGAUUGCUUUGUCGUAUUUAAAGCAUUACGAAGAAAAUACUGGCCGAAAUAUAUACAAGCUUCAUAAGCGAUUGUUUUUUUGUGUGAUGCACUCCAUGCGUGUGAAAAUAUUCUUCUAUAUUACAAAAUCGCGAGUACUUAGCUUUACGUAUAUUCGAGACGUAUCAAAUUUGAUUGGUUGUGAAAUUUAAGAUACUUAUUCGUAUUACUAAUAAAAAAGUGACGCUCAAAAUAUUGGUGCCAAACUAUUAUUGGUAACGGCCAUUGAAAACUGUAUUUGAAGGUUUGAAUUGAGAAUUGUCUAAAACAAAAGUCUUUGAAUUGGGAAAGUAUCUAAUUAUUUUUUUACGAAUUAAAUUUUAUGUUCAGAGCUAAUAAAAAAAAAAACAAAAUAAAAAUGGUGUUACAGAAAAUUGAAAUUCAAUACAUACUGUUUAAAUAAUAGUUUAAUUGAUUAAAAUACCUAUGUAUUAAUUGUCUCCAUACGAAGAAUUUAAGAAAAAAAAGAAGUUUUAGGCGUCGAAGUUAAUGAGAAAAAUUACCUUGCUGACGCGAUCGGAUAAAAUCAAUGUUGAAAUUAAACAUUAUGAAAUAUUUACAUGACAUGAUGAAAAAACAAUUUAUAUCCGUUAUUCAUAUUGAUUUGUAUCAGUAAUUGUAUUAAUAUAAAAAUCAACCAAAGUUAAAAUUACCAAAUGAUAAUUAUUUUGUACCUGAUUACCGCCGAAUAUAUUAUUUGUUAUAUUUUUUAUUUUGUUAAAUUUGUUGAUUACGAAAUAUAGUUAUUAUUCAGUUCCUAAUUUAAAUUAUUCCUGAUGUUUUUUAAAGGUAUAUGUUUUUGGUUAUCUCAAUCAAGUGUUACAUUGAUCGGAACAUAAAAAUUAACUCAUUACGAUAAAAUGUCAUUGUAUUUAUAAUGUAUAUGAUAUUAACAGAUAUACAAAAAAUACUAGUCAUAGGAGGCAAACAUAAUUAAAAAAAGUGUAUGAAUUUUGCUUCUAAACAUCACCGCUUAUUAUAAUAUAUAGUCUUAAUUCUCUAAAUGACUAACAUGGUGUUGAAUGUUGUGCCAUUAUAUUUUUUAUCUUUUAUUUUAUGCACGUUUUAAAAGCUAUUUAAAAAUCAACAUAAUAGAUGGUUGAUUUACCUGUAUGUAUGCAAACUGCAACAAAAUCAGGAGUAUUGUACAACAGAACUUAUUUUUAUAGUAAAUGAUAAUAAUAAACACCAUCGCUAAUUAUGUAUUUUUGUUAUGACAUAGAAGUAAACAUAGCCUAACAAAGUAUUAUGAUCUAAUUCAUUGCAUAUAAGGUCCAAUCUUAAAAAUUAAAAUUAAAGAUAUUAGACAAUAACAUUCCUUUUUGGAAACAAUAUUAAACAAAUGUCUGAUAUAUUAUUAUGCAAUUGUAUUCCAUAAAAUUCAAACAUUUAUAGAUUCAAAUCGUCUAUCAAAUAAAUUUUGUAGCUUUUUAAAUGUUAUAGUUUGUUACCGAUUUACCAAAUAUGUUAAUUAUUUGUUUCUUAAAUGUUGUGUCAAUAUGUUUUCUUAUCACUUACCCCCAGUAAGCUAAAUCGCUUACCGGAAUUGCGAUAUAUUAAAAUCGAUAGCUUCUUGUUUCGGAAGAUCAUUAAAUUACUUCAAAAAUUCUAUUAUGCUUAUAAUAGAGGAGUUAGUUAGCUCAUAUGAUAUAGAUUUGAUAAUGUUAUAAAUUAAGGUAAAAUUUUUCUGAAGCUAUUUUUUCUACUUUGAUAAUUCAAGAGAUGUUAAUGGAUUUAUGAAAAUAUUUUAAAUUAAUAAAUAUGCUACUGUUUGUUAUUCUGAUGGAAAUGAUUGAAGUGAAGAUAAGAGUAGGUGUAACUAUUGUAUGACAUGUGGAAUAAUGUAUUUUUUUGAGCAUAGUACAAAUAAUAAACCCUAACCCAAAUACAAUUUGCAAUUACAACUCUUAUUUCAAUUGCGUUAAGGACGCGUUUUCAAAAUGAAUGCACCAAUACAUUGCGCAGACUGGAUGUUUUUUCGUUAGAACUUCAGGGACAAAAAAAUGUAUUCCUAAACAUGUUUCAUCUAAUACGCAUCAGGUAAAUGUGUAAAAUAUUAACGAUUAAUUUGAAACGAUUUAUUUUCACUAAGGUUAUUUGUAACAUUUUGAUGUUUUUCCCUACUUUUUAAAAUAUUAUAUGUCUGUUUACUUGGGGUUUUUUUUUAAGAAAUAAAAUUAUGUAAUAGUAUAAUAAGAAUUAUCUUAAUGUGGGGCUUCAACUCAUAUCGUCAAUUUUGAGUGAGACACUCUUAUGCAACAUCAAAAUAUAUCAAUAUUUCAAUACAAUUUUUUAGGAUAUGAAGAAGUAAUUAGUUUGUGGCAAUUAUUAGUUUUGUUUGAUGUAGUUUCAUUUCAUCGGAAUUUCGUCGGUUUUGUAAACGCGUCAUUAAUGAUGAAAAUUUUAUUAAAGUUUGUAAGAUCAAUAUUUUAAUUAAAAUAUGAACCGUUUACAUAGUAUAAUAUGCAAAUUGAUAGUAUUUUACCGUAGUUGCCUGAAGCAAUCAAACACAUUUAUAUUGUACCUGGUAGCUUAGCAAUUUAGCUAAAUAGCUUAUUUACCACGUUGCUAUUGCAAAUGCGAUUUCGUAUUAAUGUGAGAGUAAAUUAUGAGUUAUUUUGAUUAUAAUCAUAAGCGCACAAUAAAUUAUU